AUGGAUAUUCAAGUUGAUGAAAAUGAUUUGAAAGAGAUGGGACUUUCCAUAGAGGAAUAUUUACAAAUGGUUUCCGAUAUGAAUGAUCAGCUAUUAAAAUAUCAAAGUAAUAUUGACAUGGAAACAAAAGCAACAGAUGAUGCAAUAGUGAGCGAUGGUGAUGAGAAAGUAUCCCAAGAAUUGGAUAAUGAUUUAAAGGAUCAUUCCGAACCAAAUAAUCUAAAACUAAACCUUUCAAAAAAAGCCAGAAAGAGAAAGGAGAAGAAACUAAACCUUUCUAAUAUUACAACUCCUUUGGAUUUCACAAACCCGACACAGUUUUGGCCAAAUUAUGAGGAAAUUAUUAGAACGAGAAUAACCAAGUAUUUCCCAGUAGAAAUUCAAAUUGUAAAAAUUACAAACAUAACAAAUCAAAAAUUAUUGAAACGAUUCAAGUCAACCAUUGAAUCUGAAACACUAAGAGUGAAAAAGGAAAAAAGUGGAAUUAACAUCAUGAAGAGUAUUGAACUAGGCCUUCACGGAACAGAAUCUUCAAAUAUUCAAAACAUUAUUGAUAAUGGAUUAUUAAUUCCAGGUCAAGGAAAUGAUCUUUCAAUAAGGAAUGGUCAAGCGAGUGGAUUUGGAAUUUACAUAUCUCUUACAGAUCCAUCUGAAUCGAUUCAUUAUUGUAAAGGAGGUGGGAAAAUGUUGGCAUGUGCUGUGUUAUUAUCGAGUCGAUAUAUUGCUUCACAUUUCAAUGAUUAUGCAGUGAUUAGAGAUGAAUCAUUUGUCUUGCCUUGUUUUUUAAUUGAGUUUACAGAAAAGUGGUGA